CCCAUCCACGAGAUUCUUCGUAUACGCAGGGAUCCCGGUACAAGCUCCCCUCGGUGCUGUUCUUCGCCUUCGGGAUCCAAUUGGUUAUCUCAAUAGGGCGAGAAGGCGAGUCAUCAGACAGUCGUGAUCCUUUAGAGCAUUCCUGGAGGAACGCGGUCUCUUAGGAGUCAUGACUCUUACAGAUGUCGCUCAAAGGGCUCCGACCCCAAGACUUGCACCGGCAAUCAGGACUUUACUACACCACUCACCAACACACCAAUUCCACUCUACGAGGUGCUUUUCAACCCUGCGACCGAGAAACAGCGAAUUGUGCGCAUCUCGCAAUGCUCCAACCGCGGGUGCAGCAGCAUGUGACUCGGGGGCAGUCAACAGCAGGAGUGCCGACGUUCGGCGGCCACUGUCGGCUGCCGUAGGCUCCGCUUCCCCGCGCUGUCCCACCUCAUCUCGCGGGGCUCCAGCAGUCUCCAGCACAACCCUCGGGCAGAAAACCGAGAGCUGGAGGAGUCACACCAGCGAAAUACUGCGUCCUGCCUGCCUUCUGUCCGUAACAGCUCCCAGGGCCUUCUCCAGUUCGGCAGCAGCCAUGGUCGCCGCAAAGAUUGACGGGACGGCGAUUGCCCGGAAGGUGCGCGAGCGGUUGCAAGCGCAAAUUGCCGAAAAGAAGUCCAUCAACCCGAGGUUCCAGCCGUGCCUCAAAAUCAUCCAAGUCGGUGACCGCUCCGAUUCAUCCACAUAUGUGCGCAUGAAACUCAAGGCCGCCGAGGAGUGCGGCAUCGCUUGCGAGCUGAUCAAGUUUGAUGAAACGGCCACCGAGGCGGAACUGAUUGCUCGUAUUGUCGCCCUCAACAACGACCCUGCUGUGCACGGCAUCCUUGUGCAACUUCCCCUGCCGAAGCACAUCUCCGAGUACAAUGUAACGUCGACCGUGGCCAGUGAGAAGGAUGUCGACGGCUUUGGCACCUACAACAUCGGCGAGCUGGCCAAGCGUGGGGGGCGCCCUUUCUUCGUGCCAUGCACGCCCAAGGGCAUCAUGGUGCUUCUUGAAGAGGCCGGCGUUGAACUGGCCGGGAAGAACGCCGUGGUGCUGGGGAGGAGCGACAUCGUCGGCAGCCCGGUCAGCUACCUCCUGAAGAAUGCCGAUGCCACAGUGACCGUCUGCCACUCCAAGACCAAGGAUCUGGACUCGUACCUGAAGAAUGCCGAUGUGCUUGUUGUUGCUAUCGGACAGCCGGGCUUCGUCAAGGGCGAACAGCUCAAGCCUGGAGUUGUCGUCAUUGAUGUAGGAACGAACUACAUUCCCGACGCAACCAAGAAGUCCGGCCAGCGUCUCGUGGGAGAUGUCGAUUUCGAGUCGGCCUCCCAGGUUGCCUCCCAGAUCACUCCUGUUCCUGGAGGCGUUGGUCCCAUGACGGUCGCCAUGCUCCUCCAAAACGUUGUCGAGGCUACGACCCAGUCGUUCGAGGUGGAAAAGCAGAGGCACAUUGUGCCCCUACCGCUUAAGCUUCUCAACCCCGUUCCUUCCGACAUCGUCAUCUCUCGAGCGCAGGCGCCCAAACCCAUCACUCAAAUCGCAAAGGAAAUCGGCAUUGCCGCCUCGGAGCUCGAACCGUAUGGCCAGUACAAGGCCAAGGUCGACCUUAGUCUGCUGAAACGUCUUGACCACCGUCGGAAUGGUCGCUAUGUCGUCGUCACAGGGAUCACCCCUACUCCUCUGGGCGAAGGCAAGUCGACGACGACAAUGGGUCUCGCCCAGGCCCUAGGCGCGCAUGUUGGUCGCGUCACGUUCGCCAACGUACGGCAGCCCAGCCAGGGCCCAACAUUCGGCAUCAAAGGCGGUGCUGCUGGCGGUGGCUACAGCCAGGUCAUUCCGAUGGAUGAGUUCAACCUGCAUCUGACAGGCGACAUCCACGCCAUCACCGCCGCGAACAACCUGCUUGCCGCUGCGAUAGACACGCGCAUGUUUCACGAGGCCACCCAAAAGGAUGCAGCCCUCUACAGGCGACUGGUUCCCGUCAAGAACGGCAAGCGGGAGUUCACGCCCGUCAUGUUGCGCCGCUUGAAGAAACUGGGAAUUAACAAAACAGACCCCGACUCGCUGACCGAGGAGGAGAUCGCCCGCUUCGCUCGUCUUGACAUCGACCCGGAGACCAUCACUUGGCGCCGCGUUCUCGAUGUCAAUGACCGGCACCUGCGCGGGAUCGUCAUCGGCAACGCACCCACCGAGAGGGGUCACAGCCGCCAGACCGGUUUUGACAUCUCCGUGGCCAGCGAGUGCAUGGCGAUUCUUGCGUUGAGCACGAGCCUGGCUGACAUGCGGGAGCGCCUCGGCAGGGUGGUCGUUGCCAGCUCGAGAAGCGGUGAACCUGUCACCUGCGACGAUAUCGGCGCUGGUGGUGCCCUCACAGCCCUGAUGAAGGACGCUAUCAAGCCGAACUUGAUGCAGAGCUUGGAGGGCACCCCCGUUUUUGUGCACGCGGGACCCUUUGCCAACAUCAGCAUCGGCAACAGCUCCAUUCUGGCUGAUAAGAUGGCCCUGAAGCUUACAGGUACCGAGCCCGAUGAGGACCACUCGGCCAAGGCUGGCUUCGUCGUAACGGAGGCUGGCUUCGACUUUACCAUGGGCGGUGAGCGCUUUUUCAACAUCAAGUGCCGCACCUCGGGCCUCGUCCCGGAUGUGGUCGUCGUGGUUGCUACCAUCCGCGCGCUCAAGGUUCAUGGAGGAGGCCCGCCUAUCUCACCUGGCGCUCCUCUCGAUGCGGUUUACAAGGAGGAGAACGUCGAGGUGCUGCGCAAGGGCUGCGUCAACCUGGCCAAGCAUGUCGCCAAUGCCAAGUCAUACGGCGUGCCCGUUUUGGUGGCUAUCAAUAAGUUCUCAACGGAUACACAAGCCGAGAUCGACGUUGUCCGCGAAGAAGCUAUCAAGGCAGGUGCCGAAGAUGCAGUCCUGGCCAACCACUGGGCCGAGGGCGGCAAGGGCGCUGUUGACCUUGCAAAGGCCGUGGUGGCCGCCGCUGAGAAGCCCAAGGAUUUCAAGCUGCUGUACAGCCUCGAAGGCACCAUACAGCAGCGUAUCGAGAAGAUCGCCCGCGACAUGUAUGGUGCCGCCGCUGUCGAGUUUAGCGAGCUCGCGCAGAAGAAGGUGGACACAUACACGCGCCAGGGCUUCGGAAAUCUGCCCAUCUGCGUCGCCAAGACUCAGUACUCGCUCAGCCACGAUCCGGACCUCAAAGGUGCUCCGACAGGGUUCACGAUACCCAUCCGGGACGUCCGCAUGGCUGCUGGCGCCGGCUACCUCUAUGCCCUAGCUGCGGACAUUCAGACUAUUCCUGGCCUGCCCACCGCUCCCGGGUACCUUAACGUCGACGUUAAUACCGAGACGGGCGAGAUCGAUGGCCUCUUCUGAGAAUGCGUGUCUGGAGACACUUCUUUUGGUUCUUAAGUUCGGCUUCCGGCGUUUUGUAAACAGGGGGCUAGACGCAGGGGAGUAUUUGAUCAACUCGAAAGUGCGACGUGCGUGUCUUAACACAUGGCGCUUGGGAUACCAC